GCGAUGACGAGCUGCCUGGGCGAGGACGUGUACUACGGCUGGAGGAACCACGUGCUGCAGGCGGUGAUGGCGUGCGGCGCCGAGGAGACGCUGCUGCCCCCGUUCGAGGAACUCGAGGACGAGCUUCAGAGCGGAGAGGAUCACGCAGACCAGCCAGUCACCGAAUCCCUUGGCCAAGAUGACAAGUCUCAGGAGUCCCAAUUUCUCCUCAACACAGACGCCGAAGCGAGAGCCAGUGUUCGGAGCGGCUGUCCUGAAGCAGAUGGCCAAGAAGGUGGAGGCUAAGCUGAGCAACAUCACCUGCAUCUUGAAGAAACUGAACUACCUGGAAGAGGACUUCGACGUCAACUACGACUUUCUGAGGGAGGAGCUCGAGAUCUCCGAACUGUUCGCGACUCUGGACGGCGGCGUCAAGGCGGACCUCAUCGCGGCGCUCGACUACUGCCAGGAAUACGAGUAUCCCGAGAACCCCGCCUCCCCGAUGCCCAAGAAGCUGCAGAAGAUCGUCGCCUUCCUCAAGUGCGAGAGGAGGACCCGCCUGCACGUCUGCAUGAAGCGCGACGUCCUGAAGAACCUGGACGACUACGACCUGUCCGACCUGCGGAGGGAAGGCGAGAGCGAAGCCGAGGUGGCGGAGAAGGUCCUCCACCUGAUGUGGGGCCUCGAGGCUGACGACGAACUCCAGCUCUACUGAAGGGCAGCUCGAGUCGACAAAGGGGAGGUCAAGGCGAUGUUCACUGGGUGUUCACUUGAGCACUUUGAAGUAAGGGAAUGUGGCUGAACACUUCAUGAGAAACGCACAAUUAUUGGGUCGUGUUUCACAUUUUUCAGCAUAUUUUUAAAUUACAUUCACCUGGAACCUGUAUAAUUCGUCAAUCGAAUAUUUAGUGACUAUGGAUUACAACAGAAAGCAAAAACAUUAGAUAUAGUGAAGCUGUA